AUGGGCCACAACAAGAGAACUUGCAGCAAGAAAAAGCAAGACGAUGCUCAAGAGAAAGCAAGGAUAAUGCAGUUGCAGCUUGCAGCUGUUCAACCACCACAACCUGCACCUGGUCCGGAAGCAGAAAAGGUAGAUCACACUCAGCCCGUACAGACACUACCUGCAGUAGUAACAGCUGCUCCAGAUGAACAGACUGAAAUUUCUGUUACUCAGCAUGCUCAGCUUCCACUGACACAACAAUCCCACACCUCAACCAAUGUCACUCAGACUAGAAGUAGAGGAAGGCCUCCAAAACUCCAUGUCACCAGGGCCAGGGCAAAGGAAAAUGCCUCUCCAGGAGCAGUUGUUGUAUCUGCUGAAACCAUCAAGGAUAGCAGCUCCGCAACAGCCAAGAAACUUGCCAGCUUCAUGACAUUUGUUCCAACUCCGGGUUUCAAAUCUCCCAGAAAAAAAAAAAGACAUGGAAUGACUUCAAGACUUGAAGACAUAAAAUAUAGGGCAAUUAGUAUCUGUUAUUUUGUCAGGGCCUAA